AAAAUCUCAGUACCAAGAGCGGUAACCCCAAGCUUACCAUGCGGCGUUGCUCAGGGAGUCCCUGCAGCGCUUACCUUGUCAUUCGCUCCCGCGAUGUCUCCCCUGCAGCGUCCCCGGCCAUCUCCUACGGCCGAUGCCGGCAUCCGGCUUCCGUGUUCCGGUCCCUGUGGCGCCGGGACGUACGGGUGCCGGAACCGGCAGCAAAUUAAAAAAUUUUAAAAGUCAUUUUUUUGUAAACGAAUAUUACAUAUGCUUUGUCCUGUGCCCUGCUUGCAUUUUGACUGUUCUUUCUG